AUGGUGAUAAAAUUGAAUUAUGGAAUAUGGAUGAGAUUCUCAUAGCAGGAGGGGAGUUUUUGGCCCUAAAAUAGCAAUAGUACGUAUUAUUACAAUUCUAGACAAACAAGCACAGAGAUGACUAAAUAUCCUGAAUAUUAGAAUAACCACCAGGAUGGGAAGUUAUAUCCUGGAUUCAAUGAUUAUCAAUCUCCUCCUAGUUUUAUUUCUUAGCCCUAAUUUGCUAAACAAGGAACUUUAAAGGAGGAAUCUGAAGGUUUGAUGCAGACACCUCCACCUCCUCAAAUGCCUCAACUUCCUCAACCUCCUUUGCCUCAACAGCUCAUUAAUCAAUAAAACGUAAUGGUUAUAGAAGGUCAACGAUAUAAGGUGUAUCCAGGAUAACAAAUGUAGAUAAAUCAGAAUUCUUUCUUGUAUAAACAUCCAAACAUUGACGUGAAGAUUCAAAGUUAUUAAGAGUAACCAGGCUCUUUGUUUUCGAAAUCAUACAUAUUGUAUAAAAUCACUUUGGAUCCAUAUGGAUAUUUCAUUAGUAGGAGAUAUUCUGACUUCGACAAAUUAAGAGAAUAUUUGGUUAAGAAUUAUCCAGAUUACUAUGUUCCUCCAAUUCCCAAGAAGGUGACUUCGAGUACUAAGAAUAAGAUUGCUGAUUUCAGAUAGUUAGCGUUAGAGAAAUUCAUGAAUACAAUCAUUAGACAAUUCUGGUUCGAUAGCUUAGUAGACAGCUUUUUCAGUUGUCAAAAUGAUAAUGAUCUAUAAAAUAAGCUCAAAUAAUAGAAAUAGAGACAAUAUGAUAUCUAAAAUUUAGCAACUUUGAAUGGAUAAAUUGAAUGUUAGAUAAGUUCAUAAAUUGAGGGGUUCUUCUCAUAUUAAUCAAGUACUUUUAGUAAGGAUUUGGAAUGCUAUAACAAUAUUAGACAAAUAUCUAAGAAAAUUGUGGGUUUAAACAAAUAGUUAAGUUAAGAAUAUAAAUCACUGGCAGAUUAAUUUGUGAAUUUGCAAUAAAGAAAUAGGGGUUAAAAUGAAUAGAUACCUGAGAAGGUAGAUGAAAUCUAUUAUAAACAUCUUAAUUAAAUGUUCUUAACAUGGAGUAGAAAAUAAGAAGAUAUUGGAUUGAUUGUUACUAAGCAUCUAAGUUACUUUUACAAAUAUUAAAACUAAGUUAUUGAAACACUCAAAGAGAAAAUUAAGUAUAGAGAUUCAUUAAGGGAUGAAACAUUAAAAUAAUUACAAAAGAUUGAAUCUAAAAUAGACAAACAAUUUAAAGAAUUGAAUGAUAGCUAAAUUCAAUAACGAACUCAAACUUAAUCAUAAGAAAUCUUCACAGAAAAACAAUAAAAGUAAAGUUUGUUUCCUAAAGAAACCAAAUAAUAUGAAGUUAUUUCCGAUAAUUUUGGAUACUUCAAUAACAAUAUUUACUAAUAAAUAUAAAUCAUAAUGAAUCUGAGCCAAUAUUAAACUACUUAGACAAUUUUAAAUAUGCAGCAAAAAAUGGCAUAGAUCUAUUUGGAUAUGGUCAAAGAAAAUGAAUAAUUAUUUGUGAGAAACUGA